AUGCCACCGUUCGUCCCCCGCAAGCGCGUCUCCUCCGAGGACCCGCCCCCGGCCAAGCGUCCCCGGCCCGAUGAAGCUCCGUUCCACUUGUCGGACUCCGAUUCAGAUUCCGCCUUGAGCGACGCUCCAGAGGAGCUUAUCAACGAUGGAAAUGAAUCUGACGAAGACAUUGAUUGGGAGGAUGCUAUCGAGACAGGGACUACGAGCGCAACAACCCCUGCCACGGCAGCCCCGGAGCUACGCGAUUUGGAAUUGACCUUUGAUAAGAAUGAAACACACACGACAGACCUGCUGGAUGGCAAGAAAGGGCCCAGCAAGAUUGAGCGCCAUAUCCGUGUCCAGACACAUUGCAUGCAUGUUCAGUGCUUGCUGUUCCAUAAUGCCAUUCGUAACGCGUGGAUCAACGACUCCAAGGUCCAUGACACCCUACGGAAAAAGCUACCGGAAGGGAUUCACAAGGAAGUAAAGAAAUGGCGCAUUGCAUCUGGGCUGGAACUUCCCGAGGCGAAACCUGAACCACCAAAGAGCAAGAAAAAGGGCAAAAAGGCCCAGAAGAACAAGGAUUGGAGUGCGGACUCGGAGCGGCUGGAACCUGGUCGGCCGGAUAUGAGUCGGGGAGACCCGAUCAUUACGCUUAUCAAGGUUCUGGUUGCGUACUGGAGGAAACAGUUUUGUAUCACUGCGCCGGGAUUGCGCAAGUAUGGAUAUCGGCCAGUCUCGGAUCUUGAAAGGGUGAUUUCUGACUUCCGCGAGGAGGAACAUGAUUCGGCGCGCCAUGGUGAGCGCAUUGCGAAUCUUGACGAAUUCCGCGCUACUGCUGAGCGCAUGCAGGGCUCGCGGGAUGUUGGUGCGCAGCUCUUUACGGCUCUGAUUCGGGGUUUAGGCAUUGAGGGCAGGCUGGUGGGAAGUCUUCAACCACUGGGAUUUGGCUGGACUAAGAAUGAGGUUUUCACACCGUCAAAAGAUUCCGAAAAGAAAGAACCGGAGGAGAAAGAUGAGCCUGCUGAAUCCGAGUCCGACGCAGAUGAGGUCGCAGAUCAAACACCAGCGAAGGAGACCAAACGCAAGCAAUUCGACAAAGACCUCCCAUUCCCGAUCUAUUGGACUGAGAUUGAGUCUCCCGUAACGAAUGAGAUCAUUUCUGUUGAUCCUCUGGUUCUUUCAAAUCCCGUGGCACCCACCGCAGAUCUACAGGGCACGUUCGAACCCCGUGGCGCAAAAGCUGAAAAAGCCAAACAAGUGAUAUGCUACGUCGUUGCCCACUCAGCGGAUGGCACAGCAAAAGAAGUCACCACACGCUAUCUUCGAAAGCGCACAUGGCCAAGCAAAACCAAGGGCUUCAGAAUGCCCCUAGAAAAGAUCCCACUACCCGGUCUCCGAGGCCAAUACAUUGCCUUCGACUGGUUCGGAAUGGUAAUGCGCGGCUACCAAAGACCCAAAGAGAAACGAACAGCAGCAGACGAACUCGAAGACGAACGCGACCUCAAACGCAACCAACCAGAAAAGACAAAAGCAGCCCCAACCCAUGACACCCUCCAAAGCCUCCGCACCUCAGCAGAAUUCGUGCUGGAGCGCUUUCUUCGCCGCGAAGAAGCCCUCAAACCAGGCGCGGAACCAGUCCGCACCUUCACCUCCGGCAAAGGCGCCCGCGCCAAAGAAGAACCCGUCUUCAAACGUGCCGACGUGGUCAAAUGCCUCUCCGCCGAAAGCUGGCACAAAGAAGGCCGCCAGACUCUCCCCGGAGAAGUCCCCCUCAAGCGCGUCCCCAUCCGAGCCGUGACCCUCAUUCGCAAACGUGAAGUCGACGAGAUGCAGCGUGAAACAGGUGAGAAACCACUCCAGGGACUGUACGCCCGUGAUCAAACCGAGUACAUCAUUCCGCCGCCCAUUGAAGAUGGACGGAUCCCCAAGAACGAUUAUGGGAACAUGGACUGUUUCGUACCGAGUAUGGUUCCGCGUGGAGCGGCGCAUGUACCGUUGCCCGGGACCGUGCGCAUCUGUAAAAAGCUUGGGAUUGAUUAUGCAGAGGCCGUUACUGGGUUUGAGUUUGGGUCUAAGAUGGCUGUUCCUGUUAUACAGGGUGUUGUGAUUGCGGAGGAGAAUGAGGAGUUGCUAAGGGAUGCGUGGAGGGUUGAUGCGGCGGAGAAGCGGAAGAAGGAGGAGUUGAAGGCCGAGAAGCGGAUCUUGCAGACUUGGCGAAAGUUCCUGUUCGGACUGAGGAUUAUGGAAAGGGUUCGGGAGGAGUAUGGGGGAGGGGACCCUGAGGCUGGGAAGGAGAGGGACGAGCACAAUCCUUUUGCUUUGAAGAAAAGGAAGAAGGAAGAUGAAGAUGAGGGAGAGGGAGAAGGUCAGGAAGCUGGCCAUGAGAAUGCGGAGUCUGAUCAUGAUCCAAUGGAUUAUGGUGGUGGAUUCCUCCUUCCUGGCGAAGAUGAUGGUGAUGAUGGCUUGAUUGUUGAACAUCACGAGGAGAAAAAGCCUGGUCCAUCGCAGUCUCGUGGUGAAUCUAAUGGAGACAGUCUGUCGGAUCCAUUGUCUCCGUCUCAUUCUAUCCCUUCAGCUUCAGAUGGCGAGGAGCAGGGUGACCACGAUGAUGGCCGUGAAGACGCAGAACCUGAAUACACACCACGCCCUACGCGCCGGACUGCGCGACACUGA